ACAGCUCGUCAUUAGCAGGGCAGUGAGCGCGUGUCCCCCUUCAGCUCGUGAUAAUAAUAACAGCUCUGCUCUUCGAGCGGAGCGGAGCUGGAAAGCGGGGUCUGUCUUUCUGCCCCCUCACACAGCUCACUCCUCCACCACCACCAGCUCCAAACCCGUCCUCCCACACCCCACGCGCACUCACACACAGACAGCCCGGGAGCUCCACAGUCAGAGCGGGGCUGGGGGAAAGUUCCCGCGCUCGGAGUUCAGAGUCUCAGAGUUGGUCUGAGAGUUUAGACUGAGAGUUCAGACGGGAGCUGCUGGCGCGCGCUCUGAGCUCUGUACUCUCUGGGCGGAUGCGCGAGAGGUGAAGGCGCGUUAAUGCGCUUACCGCGCGUGUCACGCGCCACGGACGGGCGACGGCGUGAGGGAGCGGCGGCGGAGGACGGAGGAGAGCUGGAAUAAUGGCAGGAGAGACGCUGCUGUCCUUCUCCUCCUCGGCGGGUCGCGCUCUGCGAUGAGGGGCCCUGGCUCUGCUGCUGCUGCUGCUGGAGAACUGACCCGCGCGCGGAUACACAGCGAUGCCGCGCGACCUCGCGGCUCCCACACACACCGGCACCAGCAGCGCCACCGGCACCGACUACAACUUCCCCGCGCUCAUAUUCGGAGUCCUGCUCAUCAUCGUCAUCAUCUGCGGGAACGUGCUCGUGUGCCUCAGCGUGUACGCGGAGAAAGCGCUAAAGACCACCACCAACUACUUCAUAGUGAGCCUGGCUGUAGCAGACCUGCUGCUGGCUGUGCUGGUGCUGCCCCUGUUCGUGUACGCGGAGUUCCAGGAUGGAGUGUGGUCUCUCAACAUGACCAUCUGCGAUGGCCUGAUGACCAUGGAUGUGAUGCUGUGUACUGCUUCCAUAUUUAACCUCUGUGCCAUCAGCAUUGACAGAUUCAUUGCAGUGUCUGUCCCACUCAACUACAACCGCAAGCACGUGGACCAACGGCAGAUUGUCCUGCUGUCGGCCACAUGGAUCCUGGCGCUGGCAGUGGCCUCUCCUGUGCUGUUCGGCAUUAAUGACGUGCCAAACCGAGACCACAAGGAGUGCAAGCUGGAAGACAACAACUACAUUGUCUAUUCCUCAGUCUGCUCUUUCUUCGUGCCCUGCCCCAUCAUGCUGAUCCUCUACUUCGGAAUAUUCCGGGGCCUCAGAAAGUGGGAGGAGGCAAGGAAAGCUAAGUUGAAGAGUGGAAUGCCGGCCUGUCAGAAGCUUCAGGAGGCUGCAGCAUCUCUACCGCCUUUGGCUUCUCUACCACCUCCACUACCCCCCAUCAUAGAAAAAGACUUCUCAGACUUGAACCUUGAGGAACUGGAUCAAGAAGAAGACCCAAUCAACCACUACCCUAAAGACUGUAAGGAUGGACCGGUGAAUUCACUGUCCUACCCUGAUGGAGCUUACAACCGGGACCAGAAUCAGAACCAGGAGAGGAAGAGGGCCAAGAUUAAUGGGAGAGAGAGGAAGGCCAUGAGGGUUCUUCCUGUUGUAGUGGGUGCCUUCCUGUUCUGCUGGACUCCGUUCUUUGUAGUGCACACAAUGCGUGCGCUGUGUGAGGACUGUGAAUUUCCCAGCAGCCUCAUCAGCACCGUCACAUGGCUGGGCUACGUCAACAGUGCUCUCAACCCCAUCAUCUACACCGUCUUCAACACAGAGUUCAGAAAGUUCUUCAAGAAGUUUUUGCCUAAAUGUUGCUAGUCACUCUGCAUGCCUAUCGGACAUUUGGGCUCCAAGCAUCAUGUGAGCGUGACAUGACGAUGAUUGUAAAUAACCAAUAAGCAAUGCUUAUCUAUUGUAUAUACUAGAAUGUAUAUCUUGCAAUUCCAUUGCUGUUUGUUUCAUUGUUGUAUUUCUACAUGUACUUUUUCAAUACAUGCUUCCAUGCUUC